CCUAUUAAGCUAUACCAACGCAUUUCUCUGGUAAAACCCUCUCCAAACCCAAAACCUCUCAUCUUUUUCUCACUUCCAGCGAAGCUACGAGUUCUCAUUCUAUCACAUUCCCGGCCACCUUCGCCGCUGCCGGUGAUCAAAAUUAUGGACGGACUAGACGACCUAGACGAGCUGAGCCAGAAGCCCCCUUCACGACCGUCAAAAUUCGCGCCAAAGUCUGCCAAAUUCAAACCCCAACAGCCAAAACUCAAACCUAAAACCGAACCUCAAAUCGCAACGGUUCCUGAGAAAGCCGUAAACAACGAACAAGAAGAAGAUAUUAAACCUAAAAUCGACCCGUCACCGAAAAAGGAGCCGUCCGUUUCGAGUGACAGCGCUGUGAAAAUGGAAAUUGACAGUGAUCCUGUAAUUGAAGAUGAACAUGAAGAAAUUGAAAAUGCUGAAGAAGAAGAAGAAGAUAUGAUUGUUCGCGAAAUUGAUGUGUUUUUCACUCCUUCUAUUGAUCCAAAUACUCAGUUAUAUGUUAUGCAAUAUCCAUUGCGGCCGUGCUGGAGACCUUAUGAAUUAGAUGAACGAUGUCAGGAGGUUAGAGUGAAACCGCAAAGCAAAGAAGUAGAGCUCGACUUGUCUAUAGACGAUUCCGCCAAUUGGGAUCCUGCUCAAGCUGCCAAAUUUAACAUAAAAAAACAGACUUUGUCUACUUCAUUUAUGCCACCUCGUCUUACUGGCUAUGCUGUUGGAGUUCUAAUUGGUAAUAAGCUACACCUGAAUCCCAUUCAUGCAGUUGUGCAGCUUCGACCAUCAAUGGAACAUGUCAGCUCCUCUGAUUCGAAGAGGAAGGGGAAUAUCACAUUGGACACUGAAGCCAAGUUUGAAGAUGGGAAGCCUAUUGAUUCAUCAAAGAAGCAGAUCAAGCGCAUGGAGUCAACAAGUAAUCAAAUUUCAAAUGCUGAUGAGUGCUGGAUCUCGCUCAAGUACCAUGGCUCGAAGAGUGACUUUUCUUCUGGCUAUCUACAGAAAAUGAGGGCUCAAGAAAGUUCUUCAAUGGAGUUCACAAUGAGCCCGUAUGAUUAUAUGAGUUCCUUGUGUCCAGUAGCAUCCAAUGAGAAAACUAAAUCUAAAGGCUUCUCGAGAAGGUUUUUGCUUUCACUGCCACUGGAAGAACGUGUUAAGAAAUUGCUUUUAGAGGGGCCUCCUGUUCAGCGGUUUAGUGUUCUUAAGCACUUUGCUCCCAAUGACACAGUUGAAGAUCUCUUGGAAGCUCUUCAGGAACAUGGAUUAUUAGUACAGGGACUUUGGGCUCCAAAGACUUCUUUGCUUAUUUCAGAUUCAAAUAGCAAGCAGGCGUCUAGAGAUUUUGUUCUUUGUUUCUUUAGCAAGAAUUUGUUCAUCAAGUCAUCACAGCUUAACUUACUCCCUAAAUCGGUUAAAGAAGAUAGUGUUAAUUUCGUCAAAUUGUUUGCUGUUGAAAGGCCUUCCUUUAAGGAUUGGAAGUUUAAAGAGCAGCCAGAUACAACAUUUAUAAAAACAUAUCCAGAUAUUGUUAGAAAGCACGAAGCUGCUUGGGAAAAUGCAGAGAAACAUUUAAGUAUGCUUUUUGAUAGACUUGCAAAAGCUACUACAAGGAACCAUAUACCAAAGUCACACAUGGUUCAGAAACCUGAAAAACAGUGUGUUCCUGAAAGUAUACCAAAAGGUCCAAGUGGAAGUAGAUUAUUGACUAAAACAACCAUAACAGCUGAAAGUCGAGAAGCUUUCCUGAAGGUCCUGCCAAAAGUUUUUCAAAUUCACAAGGUUUGCAGUUUUCUAUUGAUUUGCCAAGGUUUGCAGGACUUGGCUGUUUCUCAGUCUACUCUUCCUAAGGCAGAUCCUCGAAUUUCUAUAGCAGCAGCAUCUGCUGCUGCUGCUCCUCCAGAGGAACUUCAGGAAAUCAUAAGCGAAGUGGCAGCAAAUGUUCAUAAUUUUUAUGUUUUGAAGUCAUCGCCAGAACAUCCGCAAUACGAUGAAUUAAGGAAAGUCGUAAUUGAUCUCCUAUUGGUGAGAGGGCCCAAUGCAAAGCUUAAGAAGGCGGAAGUCUUUGAAGCAGCUAGGAUUGCUUUCAAAAGGGAUAUUACCAACAUUGAGUAUACUAAGGUCAUGACUGAUUUUUGUGAAUACAAAGGUUCUGCAUGGGUAUUGAAGAGAGGAGAUGGAAAACCGUCGUGAUUUCAUAGUGUGCCAUUCAUUGGAAGGAUGGAGAAAAAUUGCUGAAAGUGUGUAUAGAGUGGCCAUUGUCAGUUGUGCUCGUCGCUAAAGCUAAGAUGACCAGAAGCACUAUGCAAAGCACUGGUAUUUUUCCAGACCAAAGCCUAUGGAGCAGAAGAUGCAAUGAAAGUAAAGACAUCGGCUUGAAGUUCACAAAAAUAUUUUAAUCAAAUCGAUGGUUGCAAUCCAUUUUUAACGAAGUUCAUUUCAGUCCGACCAUUUUGGAGCUGCUUUAUCUCACACAUUUCUUACAUGUGAUGCUUACACCCCACAAUUUUUGUUUACUAAAUUUUAGACUUAUUGUCACGUCAGCUGCUUUAAAACGUAUCUCAUUACAUAUUCCCCAGAA